AUGAAGGUUGAGAUCAAGCCCGCUAUUUCCUCCAAGAUCACGGUGGCCGUCGUCGCACCAGGUGCCGGCACUGGCAUCAACGGCGCGAUUUACUCCGAGCUGGGCCGGAAUCCAUCGUUCAAGGUUGAGGUGGUCGGACGCUCUCGGGCGCCGUAUGACGUCUACCCGCUGCUUGGCCGAGAGAUACCCAUAGACUACCAGCUCUGGCACAACCACGGCAGCAAUUGCAUCAACAACUGCAACCACAAAAACAACAGUAACUGCCCGUUGCCUACAGCCUACCAAACGCAGCUAGCACCGCUCGACGACAACAAAUGA